CCCCGAAAACUCUCAAUAUGCUGCAGCUGUUGACAUUCCUGGUGCAGAAGAUCUCUCUUCUCUUCAAAUUCAAACUUCUUGAGUCCAGCUGGUCGGAUGGUGAAGACCGCGACCGGGAGCGUUACGCCCAGCGCUGUCCCACAACGCCUCUCCGGAGGGGAGACAUGCUGGAGGUCCCCAGAACCGUUUUCACCCACUAUGGCAUUUAUUUAGGUGACAAUAAAGUCGCUCACCUGAUCCCUGACAUCCUUCCUGUGCUGACAAACGACAAGAAGCUCAUCGGUUCUGUCAUCACGAACAAGAGGCUCAUCCUCGGAUGCAUAUACAGAUGUGCCACGGUGCGCGUGGACACAUUAGAGGACUUUGCAUAUGGCUCCAAGAUACUGGUCAGCUCUAUGGAUAAGAUGAUGAAGAACCGCACACUUUCCAACGAAGAGGUCGCCAAGAGAGCUGAAAAACUAAUCGGAGCUUUUCCUUACAGUCUGCUGUGGAAUAACUGUGAACACUUUGCCACAUAUUGCAGAUACGGUUCUGCAGUGAGCCGGCAGACAGAGCAGUUCUGUCAGUGCUUGAAAUCAAUCAUCAGAGACCAGCGCAGCGUGAUUGUCACAGUCCUUCUUGGAAUUAUCUCCAUUGUCAAUUUCGGCAUGGCGCCCUCAACUACAUUACCCACAAUCUUCAUUCCCUGCACUCUGUGGAUGGCUGGUUAAAGGAACCUGCAAACAAACUGAACUGAACUUUUACUUGGCAAGGACCGAACUGCUCACAACGAUGCCUGCUUGUCAUUUGAUGCCUUGUAACAACCAUACUUUAAUUUUUUAUUAUGUAGACAAUGUUUAAUGUUUUGUGUUGAUACAUGAAUUAAUCAUUUCUUAUUUGUCCUCUCAUAAAAGUGUGGGGAAAUAUAUUAAUUAUUUGACAUAGGAUGACGGUCAGCAACAUUUGAGUCAAAAGUGAAUAUACAGUCUACAACGAAAUGUACAUAUGCAGUGUAGUGCAUAUUGUAUACUAGUGCACUUAAUAUAAAGUUGUAAAUAUGACAAAUGUUUAAUAAACAAUUUAUUUUUA